CAGCAGAAGCCCAGUCCCUUGAGCUCAGACAGUGUGGCAUCUGCCCUUCUGGUGUGAAACACGGCUCUCUGCUGCCCCAGUGUUCCGUCGAAGUGCCCAAAAUCCCAAGGCGUUCCAUUCAUGCUCCGAAGGUGGUAGCGAUACGCCAAAGGUCGACGAGGAACUUAGUGACGGGAAAAGGAAGGGCCCAGCCAAAACACUACUUCGUCCAUUAAAAAUAGUUCGCAGACAUUGCCAAGGCUUGUAUACCCAAGAACUGCUUCUGCGUCCUCUGAUCCCCACGGAAAUAUAAGGUCGUCAACCGAUUAACUGACGCAGUGAGAGAUCUGUGAAGAUGUACAUGAACACCAGAGCAAAUUUGGGAUAUUGGUCCACUGACAACUGCUGUGCAAAAUGGUCCCUCAAGACAGGCACCCUUAUCAUAGGCUUCAUCACCAUGUUGUCGCAAGCUCUCCUCACGACCGUGGGCAUCAUGGCUGUCAUAUCUUGCCCCGUGCCCAAGUCGAACGCAACGGGCAUAGAAGAGGCCGAUAAAAACUUGACAGAAGAGGAAGUAGUGUCAUCCACAAUCGUCAAAAGAUCUGUCAGCGUGGAAUGUGUCGACGUCAAGAACGCAACAGUGACGCGUACCAUUCCCAUCAUCGAGUGUCCUCUGCUGCCCAGGCCGGAAUUGGAGAGCUUACACCUUACUGAGGAAUACACAUUUAAUCUGGCGGUCGGACUUUUCAUCAUUUACAGCGGCAUCUACUUCAUCCUCUCCUUCGGCGUCAUCAUCGGAGCCCUCAAGGGGGCGCCUAAUCUGCUACAUGGCUGGGUUGGCUUCACUGGUAUGCACAUGGUCCUCAUCCUGGCUGACUUGCUGUACACUCUGGCUUUCACAACGCUCAUUCACUUGUGCACCUCACUAUCCCUCCUCGUUGUGGUGCUGUACACUUGGGCGGUUGUCAAAUCCUUCAUGCACACUCUCAGAAAUGAAAAGAAUAACAGACCUUCCUGUACGAGUUUGGAAAACAUCGACGAAACAGUUGACGGCAUUCACAUGGAGCCAAUCCCGGUCCAGGUGUGAUGGAUGCAAACCCAGGGAACUGGUUGAGUUUUAAAUGGAACUCAAACACUUUGAGUUCUUUUCCUUUUUCCAGUGGUUGACUUUCCCACUGGCAAGUUUUUUGGUAUCAGCUGCACUCUGAAUUUGGAGAAGCAACUGAGGAGGCAGUCGUUGGAGAACAAGGAAUAUGGUGACAAGAGCACCAGCUCUGACCUGAGGUAGCAUUUUUUGCUUGCCUGCCAGCAAAUAAAAACCAUGGAUGCUGUUUGAUUGUGCAGGUUCUUUAAAGAUUUUGGAUGGUUGAAAGCCUUGCAGCUGAUAUCUAUGCUUCCUAGCUGGUUAUUUCAGCUUCUUGAGCAACCUGAAAGUAAGUUGCGUUAUUAUUCGCUCUAAAAUCUGAGCUUAAUUAGAAACAAGUCAACAAUCAUUUUUGGCUUUAUAAUGUGGCAUUACCACAGAUAUUCAUAGCUGGCAAACAGAAUUCAAGCAUCCAACAGACGAUUAACUUAAACCUAUCGUGUUUAAUUUUUUAAUAAUUCCUUAAUUUAUCCUUUCCAUUAACAAGCUGGACAGAAUAAUGGUUUUAAUCACUAUAUAGGAGAUACUAAGUAUACUAACAAACCUUUUUUAACCCUUCCACUAACCAUAAUUUUUUCUGGUCUCCCUGUUAACUUCAUCUUCAACAUCUUCAACAUUCUUUCCAAAUACUUUAGAUAAAAGUAAUAGCAAAGAUUUCUUUUUUCACACACUCCCCACGGUUUACUGAAGAUAAAUAUAUUGCCGCAUGUUUUUUCUUUCCACACAAACAACCAUUUGUUUAGGAUUAAUGUACUAUGAGUAUCUAUUUACUUAUGAUGAAAUGCAUUGGCACUUAUUCUUUUCUCACUUUGUCAGCGCAAAUAACUGUACUUAGGAUGAAUGAAUUGGCAUGGACUUUCUUUCCACACAUUGUCCAAACUAGCAGCUAUUUACUAAAGAUGAAUAUGAUGACGUGAAUGCCCAUUUCACACCCCAUUGGAUGAGCUAUUCAAAUGUUAUGUCUAUCAUUUUUCUUGGUCAGGCCUCAUUUAGCACAUAAUUUGACAGUCUGCAGGUGACCUCGCUUGUCAUUAUCCAAUAAUAUACUUCACCUGUUAAAGUUUUGGCUGCAGCUGCUUAUAGCUUGACAAGAAUGCAAAUAGAUGCAUUUUUGAUUGCCAUGUGUAUAUGAUUCGUUUAAAUAUACACAUGAAGCGUUUUGUUUAAUCCACUACUCUAACUGAAUGUAAACAUUCUCUGUUUAGUCUGUCUGUUUGUAUGUGGGGACUGAAGGUCAUGAGGGUGUGAACAGAUUAUAUUUUUGUUUAGGUAAGGUAGAUUUAGGCAAUAUGCAAACAAUCACCCCCAUUGGCUUUGACCCUGCAUAGAAGGUUCAUGUCUAUUGUCUUUUUUUUUUUUUAUUUAGUUCUACCUCGUUCCUUUUUCUCCUUUUGUCUAAGCCAUUACAAGAGGAAUUGCCCGCAUAGUCUUCAACUGUAUAAAAAUUAAAUGCCGUCACAUUUUGUUGAGGCCACCAGAUACAGGGAUUAAGAUCCCUGUGUAGUUGGUCUUUGACCUGAAAUAGGUACUUAUCACCAGGCAAUACAGGGAUGACCUUUACGAAGUUUAAACUCACAGGUUUUGAUCAGGCAUCUUUAUGAGGUUUUUGGCCUCACAGACUUACUGGUGUUUCUAUCUCAUCCCCUGUGAAUAUUAGUAAUAUAUUUAAUACGACAGAAUUUAUGAAGGGAGCUACUACACUAGACAUGUACACGCCAUAGCCUGUGGCAAUUAGGAGCAACUAUAUUUGGUGCAAUCACAUGAAAUAGCAAGAGAACCCAACCAAGCCAACAAAAAUUAUCUUUACUGAAUCUAAUCUAGCCCAAUUUUCCACAUGUAUCCUAUACAAAUGACUUUACCCCGCCUACACCCACAUUUGUUUCCUUGCUACUACUACCCUAAAUUUACUAUUUUGUUCUGUAUAUCUGGCUGUCUGUCUAUCUGUCUUUGUGACUGUACAAAAAUGAAUACCUGAUCUUGAAGAAAUUGUGGCCACAUCCGUCAGGUAACACAAUUGGAAAUCAAUUCCCGGUUGGCACAGAUGAAUAGUUGGCAAUUUUUUUCCAUUCGUUUCAUGACAAUGGUCAUUGAUGUAUAUUUCCAGAGAAUCUUGAAUGAUGUGGCGUAUUUGGGCACCUAAAUUAAUCUCGUCCUUGUAUUUGUGACAGAAAAUGUGAAAGAUUCAAAGUAUUUAAGUAAUGAGGCUUAUUCCAGGACUGGAACUUUGCAUCUCUCGUUGCCCUUCCCAGUGUGGAGUAUUAUAUUUAAUUGUUCCUGAUGAUUUUUUUUCCUGUUGUAAGACUGUGCAGACAAAAUGGAGACGUGUGUCUACACAGGAAAAUAAUAUGUAAACCAUAGAUUUAAGUUUUCUGUGUAACAACUAUAGUCUACGGGUAACAAACUAUAUGUCUAAACUUCCCUUUGUCCAGAUUAGAGAUGUAUUGGAUGUCUGAAAACGGGAUUUGCGGAUGCGGAUAUAAAUGAUUUGAACUGUGGGGAUGCGGAUGUGGAUAUCAAUAUUUAAUUUUGAGGAUGCAGAUGCAGAUGCAAAAAUUUUAUGACCACGCCCUCGCGGAUGCGGAUGUGGAUGCGGAUAAUUUGCAAAUCUAAAUAAUUUAGAUAUAUUUAAUAGUUAAAGACGAUUUUCAGCCAUAUGAUGCAAAAUUGUGUUACCACAUAUUUGGUGUAGUAAUUGAAAAUAGAAACAUGAGUGAUAUGUAUGUGUAUGUGUGUGUAUGCUUUCAUAUAAAUGCACAAGCAGUCAUAGCGAUACACGAACGUUUCAGUUGUCUUAGCACACGAUUAUUUCAUGCUCAUUGCAUGAAAAGGGUAACAAAACUCAAAGCCAUUCUUUGCAUUAGAGAGCGAGGGAGAGAGAAAAAAAGAGAGAGAGUGAUUCCUAAAAAAUGCAGUACCCUGCAUUUACAACUGCUGUAAAGGACAUGAAAUUAUUAAGACAAAUAUACUUUAAAACAAAUAUGCCAUAAAACUAAUAUGUUAUAAUAGAGCUAUUUAAAAAGUAUAUAUUGAAUGAAAUGUGUAAUUGUGUAUCAAGUAUUCUGUAUAAUAAAAAGAAAAAGCCAAAUUUAGAAGAAAAAAAAUCUACUUUUAGCUAUAAUAUAUGAGUUUGAACUACUGAACGCUGAGCAGGGGUUUGAUAUCGCAUAUACGCAUUCUCAAACUGCGGAUGCGGAUGUUGCUUGCAGUGCUAAUGCAGAUGCAGAUGUGGAUGUGGAUGUUAAGAAAUUGUCAAUGUGGAUGGGGACGCGGAUUCAUUAAAAAAUGUGGAUAAUCUGCAGAAGUGGAUGUGGAUAUCCAAGAGUACAUCUCUAAUCCGGACGAUAUGCAACAUCCCUAGGGUUGGGACCUGCCUUCUCGACUCUCUUUUAUAUUAAUAACGUCAUUAUUGACUAUCUUCAUACACUGUUUUGUAAUAAAAAUGAAUGAAUUGCUUGUACCAGAAGAAACUUGACUUUUAACAGGAAGGAAUCUCCCUGUUUUUAUGACGGUUCCUUCUAAAUUAAAUUAAAUUUGAUACGUAUAGGGAAGAAUUUUGGAUGGCAGCCUGUUAUCUUUUAUUAGGGAAUGAAUGUGUUGGCAUGUGCUACGCAUGCUGGAACUUGGCGCUGCUAACUUCCCUAACCUCCCGUUCCCAUAUCCCACCUGGCGCGGAACAAACCGCUUUUCAGGGGGGGCGGGUGGAUGUGUCAUGUCUCCCUUACUGUCCAACCAGAGGAGGACAAAACUAGAUCCACUCGGGUUUUAUUAUUAUAGAAUAUAGAUAGGCCAGCGUUAGUCGUUGUAUUCAGGAUGGAAAUAUGGCGGAAUCUUUUAUUGUAUUCUACUAAAUUUCACUUGUUUUCGACUCUCAAUAGUCAAUGUGUAAAGCAAAAUCAUUUACUACUGCAAGCAAGCUUACAACACAACUUAUGUAUAGAAUUUUCAGGAAUUUUCUUGAAAAAAUGACUUUUUAUAGCCGAGAG